AUGAAAGAACUGGGACAACUCAAGCACUUUCUUAGGCUAGAGGUCGAUCGCACACAAGAAGGGAUAUUUCUGUGUCAACAGAUAUAUGCAAAAGAUUUGUUGCAAAAGUUUGGGAUGCUUGAAUGUAAGCCAAUCUCAACGCUGAUGGAGCCCAAUGUCAAGAUGUGUGCAUAUGAAGGCAAAGACUUGGAAGAUGCAACGAUGUAUCGACAAUUGGUAGGUAGUCUAAUCCACCUGACACUGACUCGACCUAACAUUUCAUAUGCAAUUGGAGUGAUGAGUCGAUACAUGCAAAAUCCAAAGAAGUCUCAUUUAGAUGCAGUUCGACGAAUACUGAGUUUUCUCGAGGACCAAACAGGAUCAAGGGAAAAUGAAUUAGAGGAAGGGGAAGGUAACGAUGAGGCUGGUGGGUUGGAGGGAGGUGAGGGAACAGAGGAACAAAGGCCCUUACACAUCUAUAGGAUCACAAUCGAUGAUGAAUCCCAUUGUCUAGGAAUGGUGCUGAUUGAAGAGUGCGAAGAUGCACACGAAUUACAUGAGAAAGUUAUGGAUGUUAUAUUUGAAAAUGGGGAUUUGGAAGAAUAUGACACGCCUUCCAUUGAGGAGUACACAGUGCUCUAUCUUCAACUAAAUGGAGACAGUUUCUUGAGGGUCAAACCUGAAAUUCCUUGCGGCGUCCUCCGGCACUUAGUGGAUCAAGAUGGAUUUGAUACUGAGCUAAGUUUGGAGAUCGAAUGGGAUGUAUUCACCCAUUUGGUGCGAGGAGUUGUUGCAUUCUCUGAAGAUCCUUGGUCUGAGUUUGAGUGGUUAGAUGGUGAUGAGAGAUACAUUGAUUGGAAGCUUAAAAAAGAAGAUGGAAUUUUGGUGUCAAUGUGCAGGAUCACCAUAGAUGGGAAAGGCACUCCUUGGGGGAUCUUCUAUUUGACUCAGAAAUCAAACAAGUGA